UGGUGAUUUCAACUUCUCCCGUUUGGCACUGCAGAAAAUUCAAUUAAGACGUUCCCUCACCCUUCUUUUCAUAAAUAGAUUGUUGUCCGUUGCAUUGUGUUAAUUGUCCGAUUGCUUUGUGUAAUUACUGUCACUACAAAAUUUCAGUUGUGAUGAUUUACACAGACCUGUAUUGAAUACACAGUUACCUGUGACGAUUUACAUCCUAUUUGUGGUUAGCCUUUUGCGGUUUAACAUCAUCCAACUUGUGUUCAUUAAAGUGUUCUAGUGUUCAUCACAUAAGGGGGCGACAUAAUCAUAGUUUAUCUUUUGUUUCCCAACCAUAUUGUCGUUCACGAUAUGUGAACCUGUCAUUUUUUAGAUCAUAUUUUUACUGAAAAUGUUACUUAAAAGGACUCCAUUAGGUGUUUUCAAAAUAAAAGGAUUACAUCAAGCAUAUGGUGACGACUCGUAUCUGCAUAUGAGCCAAAAGCAUGACGAAACGUCUUGUGCUGCAGUAAGAUGUAUAAUUAACAUUUUUUCCCCACCAUGAAGACAGUUUUUGAUUAUUAAUGCAGUAUUGGUCGCCAUUAGUCGAUCGUAAGAAAAUUGGUUCGAAACUAGGUCUUUGUUGCUGGGGUUCUGAUGAAGCUUCCAUAUAUUUCACGAAUUUUUAUUUUGGGUGUGCUUGCAAGCCUGAUGAUUUUGUAGUUCAUGCGCUACUUAGUUUAAUCACAGUACCAGAUGAUUCAAAUGGCAAAUAGUUAGUUUCUGUUUUGUAAUUACGAAAACCGGCACUAAAAUUCUUGCUAAGGAAAGGACGUUUAAUUAUUGAUUAUAGAGACUAACUAUUAUUGAGCCUUUUUGCGGCUUUAUCAACUGAUUUUGUGAAGUUUCUAAGACAUGUUCACUUUCCUAACUGCAGGCUAAUACUUAUCCUGGUUGAUGACUACUAGUUAGUAAACAUAACUGAAUCAAGAUGCAUCGUAGAAAUGUAGAAUUACUUAACCAAGACAUUUUACUUAGACUGAUGUUAUUUCUUAUACUCAGUAUGCUUCCUACACGUUAGUUUAUCAGCCUUGUAAAGAAUUUAAGCGAGAAAUAAGUCCUUGGAACGUAUCUACGGAAUACCACACCCAUCAGCUCAUUAGUAACAGUUGAAUAUGUUUCGUAUCAGUUUUCAUUUUUAACAUAUCAUUGUCAUGUUAUAACCAUAUAAGUUCAGAUGUAUCUUUCAUUGAAGAGGUACUUUAAUGGAUAACUAUUUAAUUAUCAGUCGGGAAUUUUUAAGUCUGCAUCAUCUUUGAUUCAAGCAGCCAGCUAAUAUUAUUAGCACUUCUACUAUCUCUCAAAGUCUUGCGCACUAACAUGUACUUAGUUCAAUUGUCAUAAUAUUAAUGACACCAUACAUGUCUCUUAAUCACUCAUCGUAUGUGGGAAGACCACCGAGUGAACUGGAAGUAAAACCAGUCAAUAAGUUUGCAAAAAUACUUUAAGUGAACUACUCAUGUGUAACAUAUAACUCUACAACCUACCGAGACCUACAAUGCAGGCGAAAGCAGAACACAGUCGAAAAAAUCAACGUUAUGUACGACACGAGCUCUAAAAUCGCUCAUUUGAUUUAGGGAUUAUAAAGACCGGUGGUUGGUGACCACUGAUAGUAUAAAACUAAAAGAAUUUUCUCUUAUAAAUCUUAAUUAACUCACUCUAUUUAUUUUCUGUUUUCAAUUAAUACCAUUCUCAUUUAUUAAUAUUAACUAAAUUUGUGCUGACUUCUUAAUAUCGUGUGGUCCUCUUAAUUAGUGAGUUCUUCGCCUUCUGAAUAAAAUUUAGAAGUGCCAGAUAUGCACUUACGACCCCUUAAGUUUUCAUAGUAUAUAAUAUAUAACAACCCCACAUAUCCUUGAUGUUGUAGCAGAUCAUAACCUCUGUCGUUUCUUUACUGACUUUCCUAAAUAUCAACUAAGCUGCAUGUACACUUACUAGUCUUCAUCUGUGUGUAAGUUGUUGGUCCUUUUAAGUUUGUCAAAGGAGAUUUCUUGGCUUUUGUUUAGUGUUUUAGAACCUAUACCCAACCGUCCCAAAAUCUGUCCAUGGUCCAUUCAAGUUCUCAUUUCUCUGUGUGGCUUAGACAAGGGUUUUUCAACGAGUUUUAUGUAAUACCUUGGUUUGACUGCCCUGGUAUUAUCUCUUUCUCUUUGAUACAUUUUCUUACUUAAUCUUGACAUUUGAGUCGUCCUUCCCAAACUUACUGGACCUAAAGUGCUCUUCCGAAUAUUUGGAGAAUAUUUUGAUCAGUCUACUUAAGUUUCCUACUUAUUUCAUCAUCAAUUUAAAAGCUUAUCCUGAUUACCCUUUGGCUCUGUUUAAUCGGUUGCUUUGAUUGUUUCUAAUCAAUUUAGAUUGUUUGGCACUAAGUGAUUCGAGCGCAUCAUAACCAUGAGACUAAAGUGAACCACAAAUUAAUAGUGAAUUUAACUAAAUUAUACAUGAAGCCCAUAAGUUUUUAUCAUCUAAUUCAAAACUUUAUCAGUUCUCUAAACAAACUUUUUAUUUGUCGUAAAUACGUAAAUUUUGAGUCAUAUAUCUGAGUAUGUUCUGUGUUAUCCAUGAAAUGAAAAUCGUUUAGGCCUCUCGUGGGAAAUCUGUGGUUGAUUUCACUGGCCGUUUAAUUAAUGGGAGUUUACGAUAUCGUACGUCUGAUGAGCUACAAUCAACUUUCUCAACACCGCCCCCACGGAACUCUCGAAAACGUGACAAAGACCCUGAUGAAUGUUCAACAACCUGGGCUUCAAGGUUAAAGCAACUUCGAUGUUAUCUACAGCUGCCUCCUAUAUCUCUACCUGCUCGACUAGAUGCAGUGGCUAUCGACUAUCUCCGAGAGCAUUCUCUUUCUCCCCCGAAGGCGAUCGAAGAUCGUUCUAAAAUCCUUACAAACUAUCUGUGGUCGCGCCCUCUUAUGUCUGAGGAAAAAGUUAUCCGUAAAUCGUCGAAAAUUGAGGACUCCGGGGACUUGGAUUCAUGGGAUGAAGACGAAGGUCUGACGUUCGCUCUGAAGAACUUUACUUCUCAACGUGAAGCCCAAAUUAGUAGAGAAUUGGAUUUAAAGUCAUGGAAAUCACUAAGUUACUCUGGGCAUACUUGUGAGCUGUACCUUGUCUCACGUUUGGCACCCAACUUUGCUACCGUUUGCCGCGUCUUGUACGAAAUCCGUAAACGAUGCCCAAGUUUUAUUCCAAAGUCAUUAUUUGAUUUUGGCUCUGGGCUCGGAACAGUCACCUGGGCGACAAACACAGUCUGGCCAGUUGGUUGCGUACGCCAUCAUUAUCUGGUGGAACCAUCAUUACAUAUGACACGAAUAUCGGAGUUUAUGUUUCAAAAGCAGGGGAGUGUUCAACCCUCUGAAUUUGUGUUUCCUGGUGUUUACCAUCGCCGCUUCAUGCCUAGUACCAAGAAUCAAUAUAAUUUGGUAGUCUGUGCUAACACUUUACUGGAAAUCCCAUGCAAAUCUUCUCGUUCACGUGUUAUUUCAUCAUUGUGGGAGAAAACAACUGAUUUUCUGGUCUUUAUUGAACAAGGAACAAAGUCCGGAUUUCAGGCAAUACUUGAAGCAAGGGACUUUUUGCGCACAAAUGGGGGACCUGAUGUUCAUAUUUUCAGUCCAUGUCCUCAUGUGCAGACUUGUGGAAAAAAGGAUUCCAACUGUAACAUUGUUGUACGAUAUUACAACUUUGGAUUAACGCGAUUCAAAAGUGAACCGUCUAGCGAGCUCAUUUCUUAUUUGGUUGUAUCAAAGGGGGAUUGGCGAAGACAUCAAGUCCCAGUCGUAAAACCUGAACCUGACCAAUUGCCUCGGAUUGUUACUCAUAAACUAUUCAAACACGAUCAGCCCAUUCACGAUAUAUGUAUGCCUUCCGGUGCAGUUGAACGUGUUCUAUUCCCUAAACAACAGACUGAUGCAGGUCUAUAUUACUACAUGAAACAAGCACAUUCUGGUGAUAUCGUCCCUGCUGAAGUGGUGGCCACAAAUGAAUCAGAGCAUAUGAUUGAGUGUGUGAACGAAGAAGAUAAAGAAAAUAAACCGUCUUGAGUUGUUGAUAUUUUUUACCGAAUAUUAGUGAUGCCAUUUAGUGUAAAUGCAUGUAAAAGUGAAUCCAGAAAUAAUUUAUAUGCAGUUACGUUAAUAAUAUAACAAACAAAUGUGUGUUACAUUCUGUACAAAGUCAAUUACUCCCUCAUCUUUUAUUUUUUUGUUAUUUGUUUCAAGAAAGCAACUUAAGUUUGUGUAUGGAUAUAUUCGUUCAAUAAAUUUUAUAAUGAAGUUAUUUUUUAUGCGAUUUUGCAAGCUAAUGCAUAGAUUAUUGUGAUGAACUGCAGUCUGCUUGAUAUAAUUCGAAUAGAAUCUGUAAUUUAACUGAUUUGUUUGAAAAAUUCAUAAUUUAUGAUUGCAUCCAGAUUAUUAAGAAUGUCUUGGGAACAUAGUUUGAAAGGCGCUCUUAGAAUUUUUCCUGUUUAUCAAGCAUAUAAGGAUACAGGACAAAAUGCUGUUGUACUUUCAUGUUACGUUUUUCAUUGGUGAAAACGAUUGUAUGCUUAUGAAUUUAUCACAAAUAGAUUGAACGUUUAAUUGUACUCAGCUAUCUUCCUAUUUAAUUAUUGAGAAAAUGAUAAAUCAAAAUGUUACAUAGAUUCAGGUGAUAUAUGUUACCGAUAUUUGUGCAAAAUUUAUGUGAUAAAGGUAUUAAAUUUGAAAAAAAUAUUGAUAAAUAAACUUACACUCGGGAAAGUAUUAUUUGGACGUAAUUAAUGGUCAAAUGAUCGGAUUCGUGAUUACUUUUGUCCUGGUGCAUUGUUUUUGUUGCUUAUUUUCCUCCAUGAUUGUUAUAUUCCAGCGAAGAUUAAAUUACGGUUUCAAAAAAUACAUUUUAUGACCAAAGUACUCUAAGAUAUAAUCAACGUUGACCUAAUGAAUAAAGGAUAUAUAAAUAGUUUGGUAAAGUGAAUCAUUUAAUAUAAAUACAGAAGGAGCUUUUAACUUGAAAGGUUUGAGUGAACUACAAGCACAAAUGUUUUAUCGCUAUAAGGUUGUGAAGAUUUUCUGGUUUUUAUUGAGAUUAUGAACCGAUCAGUAUUUAACCACCACUGAAAACCUGGAGGACGAUGGAAGUUGGUUGCUCAAUAUUGUGGAUUGGUUGAAGUUAGAUGCACAAAUAUUCCAAUCAUUUUAUUUCUUUUAUCUAUAAUUAUUGAGUUCUCACAAAAUUAGUCGCAGCAAAAUUUACCGGGAAACAAUUAAAAUAUCAUAAUGCUCAAUUAACACGAUCGAACUAUUUGUACCAAGUUGAUAAAACGUAAAAUAUUACUUUGUACACUUGACACUGAACGUUUACGUUGUAUUAUUGUGAAAUGUAACUGAACAAAUGGAUAUAAAGUAAAGCUUCAUAUACGGUGCAAAUUCAGACUUGAUUUUAAAAUCAUAAACGCAUCUUAAAAUAUCUAUAAAGUAAAAAUUUCUAUACUUUAUAGAACUGACUCUAACACUUUAAUUCGUAAACUGUUCGUACAAUUUAAGUGUCACUAUAAAAUUCAAUAGAUUAAAUAAACUUCACGGUAUCUAAGAUUAGCACAAGAAGUAGUUUCAGUUUAAAGAUUUUGCUUAGUAAAUUUGAAUAAUUUACCAUCAGCUCAGGUGAAAUUCAAGUAAAAACUAACAGCUGCGAAAGUUCCCAAACUUGUAGCUACUCCCUUGUAAACCGUAUAAUCCCUCAUGAAGAUAUUUGAAUCCAUAUCACAUUGUUGAAUAAAGAGAAUAGCUAUUAGGCCAGAAACCUCCAAAAGAUAUCUGAUUCAAAUAAUGAACUCUCAUGGUGGAUUUGGUUUAGGAUAUGAGUUCACAGAGUUCACUAUGAAAUCAAUUUUCAACUCUACUUGCAUUUUGUCGAGUAUGUAACUCAACUGGUCUCAGCAGGCCCCCUAAAUUUUGAGGAAAUAAUCGAUUGUAAAUGCUGAAAGUCGAUUUAUAAACAUGAAAACGACAAAUAGCUUCUAACCAUCAAUAAAAAUUCAUUAAAUGACAUAGGGCAAAUCAGGAAAAACAAGGUGUUUCAAAUUUUAGUAAGAAGAAAUUCUGUUCCAGUUAACGCUUUAUGUCAAUAAUUUUGGUUAUAAAAUACGUACAAUCUAUCACGAACAUCUGAGAUAAAUUGCUAUUGUAAAUAAUGCGCUAAGAAAUUAGUAAUCAGUAGUUGAUCCUAUUUGUACAAACUACUCCGAUUACAAUCAAUAAAGGUUACAUAACAUGCGUUGUAUUUAUUAAGUGUUCAACAACAUUCGAACCAAUUUCUCAAAAAGGUUACCGAACGAGACAUAUGAUCAGUUCCAGUCUCAGUUUUCACCAUUUCAGAGCAGGCAAUACAUUUAUAGCAAGUUAAACCAAUAAGAGUAAAAUAUUGAUCGAAAAAAGCACAAUGCUAGGAAAUAUAUCAGAGAAUCAACUGAUCAGAUUUGGUUUUAUUCAGCGUACAUUACCUGUGGGUGACUCAAAUUUGUAAUUAUGCGUUACAACCACACGAGUAUUGAAGAUAUUGGAAUUUUCAGAAUUACUUUAUCGAAUGUUACUGUUUAUUUUUUUAUUGUAUGAUUAUUAAAUAAUUGGACUACUACGUACCUUAUUCCCUUUCUUGUUAGCUUCCGUUGGACCAAGUGACUGCCGUUGUACACUUUAUUUUUCCUUGAUCAUUGCUUUUUAGUUACAUAUUGUGUGCUUCGUUCUUUACCACGUAUAGAAUGUUUGUAUGUAAAGUAUUAUUUUUUUAUCUGAGGUCUAAUAAUUUAUGUACACAAAGCAAUGAAUUUUAAAAUAGCAUACUGGGUACCCGAAAUAUAAAUAACAGAAUCUUGCAUGCUGUUUUUUUUAUCGGACUCAAGAUUAAGGAUAAAGGCGUACUAAUCAAUGGGAGUCAAGAUUAUCUCAAGGUUUAUCAUAUCAAUCGAGAGGUAUCACUGACCAUAACUUAGCCAGGACGCUUAGUCAUAAACGAAAAAGUAUUCCGACUGGCGAAUCUCCUCUGUAAAUAUUUACUGACGUCACAUUCAUAACAUUAUGUGAUGAUAUGAAUAUUUAACUGUUACCAAUUUUUAAAUUAGGGUUAUUAUUUGAAUGAAGAUUAUUUAUGUACUUGUUCAUUUUCUCCCGAAUCGAUUUCUAUGUAUAGCUGAGCCAUACCGCUCGAUGACUUUGAGAUCUCAACCGGUUAACCCAAUCAGCAGAUUGAAGUGCUUGAUAAAUUACUUAUUAUUACAUUAAGACUAGCACUCAGGGUAUGCAGUUUGAGAUGCUUGCAUUAAAAUUGAUGUCAAUUAUUGUACAAAACCUUAAUUUCCAAUUCGAAUUUCUAACACUGAUCCCUAACUCUAUUUUAAUAAAUACACUGUGACCUUGACUCAGUUCACCCGUUAACCAUUCACUUUAAAGUUUAGCUCAGCUUUACCUACUUAUAUCCAGUAAGAUUACAUCAAGCGAUCUCCAAGCAUCGACUCUCAAUUAGAUUAUAGAGACUGUAGAAAUACUCCUAAAGUAUUUCGUUAUCAGUUAAAAACGUUCUUAUGAUGAUAGGUUUCACUUCUCCCACUGAAUCUUACUAAAUAGUCAGACAGCUUAUACAAAUGAAACUUUAUAAUGGAAGAAAUAAAAAUGAUAAUAUCAAACAAACCAAAACAAUGAGCAAGAAUGAACAUAUAAUAUAAGGAAAAGUGCUGGAAAUAAGAGAAAGCGAAAUAGUAAAAAAGAUAUCUGUUUUAGGAAAUCUUCAGGAAUUACGAUGAAUGAAUGCAAAACAAAACCUAUAAAUUUCACAAGCACAAGAAUCCAUUGAUGUGCAUACUUAAUUUAUGAAUCUUAUAACGGGACGAAUAGUGUCGAAGUUAAGCUUUCGGAGUUUUAAGAAUUAUAAAUUUGUUGUAUAAUUACUAACUAACUAG